GACAGAGGAGAGAGAGAGAGAGAGCCCUUGUUUCCAUAUCUGUUAUUGAGUUAUUAGUCCCUAUUUUUUUGUUUUAUAUUUCGCCUUCGCUCUGCUGCCCUUCCGACCCCAAUCUUUUCUCCCUUCUCUGUUUUCUCGCCUGACAAGGGGAGAAAACGGCUUCGGUUCGCCAUUGACGAGCUUUGUUCUGCAUUAGAGGGCGCAGGUGAAGAUUGUCGGGGGGAUAAUUUUUUGACUGGGUCAUGGCUGGGAGUGUGAGCGAAGACUAUGGGGCUGGAAGGUCUUCGGAGGGGAUUUCAAGUGGGCAGCGUUGCCAAUCUGGGGAAGCUCUGGCAGAAUGGCGGUCCUCUGAGCAGGUUGAAAAUGGAACACCUUCUACUUCACCUCCUUACUGGGACACUGAUGACGAUGAUGAUUGUGGGCCAAAACCAUCUGAGCUCUAUGGAAAAUUUACAUGGAAGAUAGAGAACUUUUCACAGAUUAACAAAAGAGAACUUCGGAGUAAUGCAUUUGAGGUUGGCGGUUACAAAUGGUAUAUUUUGAUCUACCCACAAGGAUGCGAUGUUUGCAACCAUCUUUCUUUGUUUCUUUGUGUUGCUAAUCAUGAUAAGCUUCUCCCAGGAUGGAGUCAUUUUGCUCAGUUUACAAUAGCUGUGGUGAAUAAAGAGCCAAAGAAAUCCAAAUACUCAGAUACAUUGCACCGGUUCUGGAAGAAAGAGCACGAUUGGGGGUGGAAAAAGUUUAUGGAGUUGUCAAAGGUUCAAGAUGGUUUUAUUGUUGGUGACACUCUCAUUAUAAAGGCUCAAGUCCAAGUUAUUAGGGAGAGAGCAGAUCGCCCUUUUCGUUGCCUUGAUUGUUUGUAUAGGAGAGAACUUGUUCGAGUAUAUCUAACUAACGUUGAACAAAUUUGUCGGCGCUUUGUGGAGGAGAGGAGAGGCAAGCUUGGGAAGUUGAUUGAGGACAAAGUGAGAUGGUCAAGCUUCUGCGCUUUCUGGUUAGGAGUUGACCAGAAUGCGAGGCGUCGCAUGUCCAGGGAGAAAACUGAUGUGAUCUUGAAGGUGGUUGUGAAGCAUUUUUUUAUAGAGAAGGAAGUUACCUCUACAUUGGUAAUGGAUUCACUCUAUAGUGGUUUGAAGGCUCUUGAGGGCCAGAGCAAGAGCAAGAAAGGGAGAGCAAAACAAUCAGAAAAUGAAGAAACACCAGAUCCCAUUGUUCGGGUAGAGAAAGGCAUAUUCAUUUUGGGAGAUGAUGUGUUACUACUACUUGAAAGGGCUGCUUUGGAGCCACUGCCUCCGAAGGAUGAGAAAGGUCCUCAAAAUCGUACAAAGGAUGGGAGUUCGGGAGAGGACUCCAACAAAGAUUCCAUUGAGCGUGAUGAAAGGCGUCUGACAGAACUUGGUCGGAGGACAGUAGAAAUUUUUGUGCUUGCCCAUAUUUUCAGCAAUAGAAUUGAAGUUGCAUACCAGGAAGCUGUUGCUUUGAAGAGGCAGGAGGAGCUCAUACGUGAGGAAGAGGCAGCUGGCCAAGCUGAACAUGAACAGAAGGCCAAACGUGGAGCUGCUGAGAAGGACAAGCGCUCUAAGAAAAAACAGGCUAAACAGAAGCGUAGUGGUCGCAAAGGAAAGGAUAGAGAGAGAGAUGAAAAGUCCAACGUGGCUGUACAAGAUAAGAGUCAACAACGGAUCAAUACCGAUGGGAGAACUGUGGACUCACCUGAAAAGCAGGCAAUAUCUAUGCUUGAACAGCCUGACAUACUGGAAGAUCUUUCUGACAUAUCUGAUAUAGGAGAUUCUGUUGCUGAGUCACAGCUUGAUUUGGAAGACAGAGAUGCUAGUCCAGUCAAUUGGGAUACAGAUGCAUCAGAAAUUCAUCCUGUGACGGAAGCCAGUAGCAGUGGAAUGAGUAGUCUACCUGUACCCAAUGGACGAGUAGAGAAGAAGAGCCCAUCUGUAAUGGAUGACAGCUCCUCAACAUGUUCUACAGAUUCAAUUCCAUCAGUGGUAAUGAACGGGCCUUAUAGAGGGAACUCCUCACCAAACUUCAAAAGUCAGACGUCUCCUGGCAGAGGGAAGAAUCGGCGUGGUAAGGAGACACAAGACCAGAAUAGUUGGGGCAGUGAAGGUAACCAGCCAUCUGACCCAACAUCAGAUAGUGGCCCCCAGAAUGAUGCUUCUGACAGCUGUACAGCACUUGAAACUGAAGCUGAAGCUGAACCUGAAGCUGAACCUGAACCUGAACCAGAGGUAGAACCAGUAGCUGUUGUUGAAUCCUUGAAAGAUCGGAUACACUGGCUUGAGCAGCAUUUGGUUGAGAAGGUCAAUUUUUCGAUUAAUUUGAUGGGCAGAAAAGAAAAGGAAGAAGAAGUUAAUUCGCUGCAAAAGAAACUAAGUGUGAAAGAUCAAGAUGAUGUUGAAAGACCUGUAAAACAGAGCACAGCAGUUGAUUCAUCAGUGUCCUCUCCUAGCAGUCCCAGCAUAAAUUUUCCUACCAUUGCACAGCCAAAGUCUGUGACAGACAGCACUGCUCUAGCUGAGCCAGUUCCAGUUAGGGAGACCUCUUCAAAUGGCCCCACACAAAUGGAGAAAGGGGUCCCUCAGAUAACACUAACACCCCAGAUACCUGAUUUGUCCAAAUUAGAGGUCCAAAGGCCUGAGUCAUCAUCAAAAGCAGUGUUCCUUCCGGCAGAGAAGCCAACGGCACAGCAAGUUUCUUCAAUGUCUAGGCCAUCGAGUGCUCCCCUGAUCCCUGGUCCCCGACCCACUGCUUCCAUUGUUUCCAUGGUUCAAACAGCACCUUCAUUAGCACGGUCAGUGAGUGCAGCCGGAAGAUUGGGCACUGAUCCCUCUCCAACAACCCACAGUUAUGUUCCUCAUUCCUAUAGAAAUGCCAUAAUGGGUAAAACUGUGUCUGCAAACACAGCUGGUUUUGUACCUCGUCACUCAAACUCCAUUGCAAUUCCUUCUCCGGCCUUCUCACAACCCCAAUCUUUGAUGGCAUCCUCACUGAUGCAUUCACCUCAGUUUUCCACCAAGAAGGAUCAAGGCAUGGUUAGGCCAGGCUUCACUUUUGGCACUGUAACUCCAGAGAUACUGCAGAAUCGACCUCAGUGGAUGGAAGAGUGCUCCCGAAGGGAUGCAAACAAUUCACUGUGCAGUCCAUCCCUGUUGAAUGACAGUCAGAACCUUGAUUUCUAUGGUUCUGGCAGUCGUGGUCCUCGGACAUACUUUAGUGAGGAGUUGCCUGCUGGUCUACCGUCUCGCCAAGCACAAGGGUCAUCGGCAGAUGAGUUUCCACACCUUGAUAUCAUUAACUACUUGCUUGAUGAGGAACACAGCAUGGGGAAGGCAGCUAAGGCCGGUGCAGUCUUCCAUGGUACAAAUAAUGGGCAUCACCACCCCUUGAGUCGGCAGUUAACUUUUCCUACUGAUAUGAAUACGUCCAUGGACAUGGGGCUCCCGGUCAACUGUUGUAGGUUAGACCGUCCAUCUCCAUCUGGCUACAGCGAAGAUGGGAUGCAGAGGAUGUAUGGCUCUUCGAGUAGUCACUUUGACGGGCUAAGGGAUGUGAGUCAGCAUGUUGGUCUCUCUGGUUAUAGUAAUGGUCAGAUUGAUGGGGUGAUGCGGAACCAGUGGCCAAUGGGUGGUGCUGAUUCAUCUAUGCUUAGCAUGAGGAAUGCCGAGGGUGAUGUUUACCCAUUUCAACCACCAGAGUAUUCAAAUUUGCCAUGUGGGGUCAAUGGUUACACUGUUUUCCGUCCUUCGAAUGGGCAUUGAAGGGGUACCAUGACUGAAAGAGUGCGUCUGCGAUCAAUUCAUCAUCAUCUUAUGUCGUAAUAAUGUAUUUCUGGAAAUUCCCCUUCUCGGCUUUGGGAGUGAGGUUGUAAUCCUUCCAUAAGAAAACGUUUUGUAAAGAGUGAUUCUGCCUUUUUUCUUCACAUCAGCCUUUUUUUCAUGUCUCUCUAAUGUAGGAGAAAGUGCUUGCUAGAUUC